AUGUUGGAACCUCGUGAUCAUCAUAUUAAAGAUGAAGUAUGUUUGACACGUGCUCAUUAUCGUGAAGGACGAAAAGCGCGUGCUGUCAAAGUUUAUACUGUAGCACAAGAGUCCAAAUAUCUACUCGUACAAAAUAUUCCAUCUGUUGGUGGUGUUUUUGAGCAGUUGAUGCCGUUAUUUUAUGCCUAUGGUGAUAUUGAGAAUUAUUGGCCAUUAGAUGAAUACAUUCCAAAGCAAAAAACAACAUUGAUGGCUGAUAAUGAUAAUCAGCAACAAGAAUUUAAUGAUUGUUUAUUAGUCAAAUUUAAAGAUAUUUAUAAAGCUCGUAUAGCUAAAAUACGUUUGGAUGAUUAUAAUUUUAUGGGAAAUAAUUUACACAUUUGUUAUGCACCAGAUUGUGAAACGUACGAUGAUUUAAAAGAAAAAUUAAAUGAAAGACGUAUGAUAGUAGCACGAAAAUGUCGACAGUAUGAACGAAAAAGGACUCAUUCUAAUAAUAAUGAUCAAUCGCCAUUUUUCUCCGCAAAUAAACGAUUAAAAAUUGAUGACAAACAUCGACAACGAGGAUUGAAAACAACCGUACCAAAUGCAAAUUAUUUUUUAGGAACAGUUAUUCCAUAUGUGUCACGUGUCAGUAGUGGACAUGAAAAUAAUGUAUUAAUUGGGCCAAUGCAACCCGUCUCUUUUCCUGAAACAAAAUUUUCCUCAUUUAAUCGUCGUCGAAAUCGAUUAUCUACUCCUCAUAUACAAGUACAAUAUACUCCAGUAUCUCAAAACUUGUCAGUGACAAAGAAAUUGAAAUAUAACAAUAUCGAACAAACAAGGAAAAAUUUGAAUCAAUUAUCAGAAAAUGUAAAACAGCACCAUAGAAUUGUACAACGACAAGCCAUGGUACUUGGUCCGACCCAGGGUCCCACCUUACCAUCUUCUUCUUCUUCUGCUUCUCUGGAGUCAUUUGAUAAUACAAUAAAAGAAAUACGUGAAAAAAUGCGGGAUGCGGUUAAAAAAUCAAAUUUGAUACCUUUAGUUCUUUUGCAAAAACAACAAAAUAAAAAUAAAAAAUUAAAUCUAAGUUGA